AACCGUUUUACCUGACAGUUCAUACAAAUUAUCAAAUAUGUCUUAUCGAGCUAAUCACUUCGCUAACCAAUUUGCGUGCGUUUUAUCUUCUGUCGAAUGUUUUCUUAGAACUCAGACAUAAAACUGAAUAAAAAACUUCUUUGUCGGCAAGAAUCACAGUAAAAAAAUGGAAAACACAGAAGUUCCGACAAAUGAAAAUAAUGAAAACAGUGAAAAACAGGAUAAAGUUUUUGGAGAUGAGCAAAACGAAGCCGGACCCGAGAUUUCAAGCUCCAGCCAGAACACAAAUGCAGUCCUGGGAACUGGAAUUGUGCGGUUCACAAACGGAGAGCAAAAUGAAGGAGGGCCGCCAUUCAUGCGAGUAAAUGCAAACGCAAAGGGAGAUGAGGAUAUCAGUGAUCUAGUCGAGCAGAUUCAAAACUCAGCUUGGAAUCUGUCAAAACCCUCCUUGAUUAUCUCAGUGACUGGAGGAGCGUCAGAUUUCAAAAUGAAGAAAAAAGACCACGAAAAACUCAGACAAGGUCUUCAAAGAGUACUGGACACAAAAGGAGCCUGGCUAAUCAGCGGUGGGACGAAUAAGGGCAUUAUGAAAAUAUGCGGUGAGGCUGUGAGAGAUAACGUUCUGAGCAAAUUGACGGCUUCUGAUAGCAGAAAUCAAACGGUGGCUAUUGGAAUAGCAACAUGGGGAGCAGUUUCAAAAGAAGAACUAAUCUUCACACAACCUUUGGAUCCUGAUAAGGCGUACGAUCCAGACGAACACAUGGAGACCAGUCUUGAUCCAAACCAUUCCCAUUUUAUUUUGGUUGACGACGGUUCUCGAGGAGAAUUUGGAAGAGAGCAAGAAGUGAGAGGUCUGGUGGAGAAAAAACUGUGUGACAACGGUGUCGGAGAUGAGCAAAUAUUGUCAAAAGAAGGAAAGUUUUUAAAGUUUCACAAUUACCUCGAAUAUACGAUUUCUAAGAAAAAGCUACUGAUUUAA